AUGGCUAACUUAAAGACUACUUCUGGUUUAGUCUCUAUUCGGAAAUCACUCGAGUUGGCACAGCUGACUACUUUUGUUCCCAAGGUUCCUUCAUUAGAUACUAAACCAGCAGAUUGCUAUUUGCUGUCAGCCCCUUUUGCAGCCCUGGGAGGACUUUCCCCAAGUGAAAAGAAAAUACCCAAGGCUCCAUUGCCGUUGAGACAACGUUACUUCCGCAUACAAGCUGGUUUCACCAAUCGCUGGCAGUUCCCUUACGGCCUAAGCUGUGAUCUCUUAGGAACUGCGCAAGCUAAUAAGGCUUUCAGAGUCUGCCUCAACGAGACCCUGAAGAAGAUAAUGACAGCUGACACACCUGUGUCCCUGUCUGAUGAACCAAAGAUUCAGACAUCGAAUGUAGAAUUUGAAACACAAGGCCAUUCGUCAUGUUUAUUGCCACUAUCUCAGAAGGGCAAUGAGUUGGAGUCUUUGAGGGUACACUCCAAUCAAGCCUACACAAAUGAAGUUAUCUUUUCCUACACGCAGAAGAUGACAGAAGAUAUGGAACCAGAUGUGGCCUUGGAGUGCCUGGGCUUCUUAUGGGAGCUUCAUCGUAUCUAUUUAUUUAAAUCCAAGACACUGUCACAACUUUUAAUUUCUGCAGUGGAGCCAAUGAACGUAAAUGAUUUGAAAAGCCAGCACAAAAGCAAAAAAGAAGGUAAACACAAUAAACAGUCCAACCCAGCUGCUCAGAAAACUAAGGCACUCAGCAAAGAGAAGUCAAAAAUGAAAAAGAUCACCAUUUCAUUGGAUGUUCAGGACCCAGAAGUCACUAGAAUUGCCUUUGCUAUAGCACUCAAGAAUUUAUACAGUACUGAACCAGAGGUGGAAGAGGGUGAUGUUUUGGGAGUCCUGGCAGUUGCAUCGGUGCUGCAGUUCCCUAGUCUCUUCCAAAAGUGUGUGUCCGUUAUGAAGAGUGGAAUUUGCUCAGCCAAUGUCUGUAGCUAUUACUGUGCUGCUUGCAAGUACAAACAGGAAACACUGGUAACAGACUGCGAAAGGUGGCUAGAGGUGAACCUGGUUCCUCAGCUUAGCUCUCAGAUCCAUCUACGGAAAUUGCCACAAGAACUGCUACAGAAAGUGCUCAGAUCUCCCAGGUUGUUUACAUUCAAUGAAUUCCACCUCCUGAAAACAACUCUUUGUUGGACCUAUCUACAGCUAAACCCAAGGGUUCAGAUAAUACCAUCUCAUGAAACAAUCCUAAUGUACUUUAGCAGUUUACCCAAGAGAUGUUCCUUUCUGGAAAGGGAAGCAGGACAGAGAUAUAUAACUGUUUUUCAAUCCCUUCGUUUACAUGGAAUAACGUCAAGUAAGCAUCUGGAGGAUUUACGACAGAUUAACUUCCUCCCGCUGCCAUGGCUGACACAGAUUCUGUCCAACCAUUACCAUGCGCUGGAGAAUGGUGGUGACAUGACAUUGCAGAGAGAUUUUUCCAUGCAAGCUGUGAGAUUUGGUCUUCUUCUUAAACAGGAGCCAAGAUAUCAUGAAGAAAUAAUUUCCAUUUAUGGAUUCUUCUUUGAGAUAAAAGCAAUCAGACAUGAAGCUUCAGCAUACAGCUUUUACAUUCAAAGAGUCAAACAAACAGACCCAGCUUUAUCUUUUAUUACUGCUGAACGUAGCCCUGUCAGCCUUAGGCAGGAGCGAGACGUUAAAUAUGAAAUAAAAGCACAGUGCCUGAUGGAUGGGAAAUGGAGGGAAUUCAGUACUGAUCAACUUACCCAAAAGUUUGGCGUUACCAAACCAUCUUGCAGAAGCCAAGUCUUGAAAGCACGAAUACCAUCAAUUCCAGUCUAUGUGACAUAUGCUCUUCUUUUUCCAUCAUCUUGAUUUGCCAAAAGAAAAUAAGCUCUAG